AUGACGUCAAGCUCGGCCAUUUUCAACUUCCAGUCACUGUUGACGGUGAUUCUUCUCCUGAUCUGUACCUGUGCAUACAUUAGAUCUUUGGCUCCUAGCCUUCUGGACAAGAAUAAAACCGGGCUUCUAGGAAUUUUCUGGAAAUGUGCCAGAAUAGGUGAGAGGAAGAGUCCUUGGGUGGCCUGCUGCUGUGUCAUCAUGGCGUUUAGUAUACUAUUCCUACAGUAG